CAUCUUUUAUCUUCUCCUUAAAACAGUUGAUCUAGCACAUAUUUCCCCGUUACUAUAGCUAAAGUUGUGAUCUGUAUCCCUAGUUACGUGCCAAUUGACUCAUAGAAGAUGCCUCCAGUGACACCACCGCGGGAAGUUCAACAUGCAAGAGCCCCACUGCUUACACCACACACACCACCACCAGGGUUUAUGACCGAUCUGUCACCACCGGUACGGAGUCAGAGUAACCAGAAGGACGGUAGAUCACAGAGGAUAACGUCGUCGGCCAAAUCACCGUUGCGUCAGCUGUAUACGCCGGCAAAGACUCCAAGACACCGCAAGAAACAUGCACUCGGGGACGGAUUCCAAUUGCAAAAUCAGCAGUGCCAUAUCUCAACGAGGGCGCUGUUCCCACCGACACCGAGUUCUAUAGGCAGUGGGCGUAUAAAGGAUCUGAAGCUGGGUCAUCUGGCCAGUCCCGAGUACAAGUUCAAGAAGAGACUGAACUUUGAAGAGCCAACCUCCAAACUGGACGAAUUGGACGAUGUGGAUGACGUGGGUGGCUUUAUCAUUCCAAAGACACCAAGUGCUAAGGUCAUCACUGAUGAGCUGAAGAGAUCAUGGUGUGAAGAAAUUCCAAACGGUGCGGGAGAUGAUGACGGUGAGGUAUUCAUCAAAAGAGCUGAGUUACAUAACCCUUUUAUAUCGUCCUCAUCAUCAUCCAAGGAGUUUCAGAUCAAGAGACCUUUGAAACCUUUGGACAAGAUCGUCUACGUAAAUAAGAAGGGUGAAAAGAUCAUCAAGGACGCUGGUAAGUUCGAAGAUGAUGACGAAGAUGACGAUGGCGACUACACAGUAUUCAAACAGUUGAAGAAUAAGAAUGUUGUAUAAAUAUUCAGUAUAAUAUAUAUAUAUAUGUAUGAACAUGUUAUUGACCUCCU